AAGACAGCACGGGACAUACAGUUUGCGUACAGUCUUACAGACAGUCUACUGCAUGCAAAAUGUCUGGUAAGAAGGCAACGAGCAAGAAGAAGAAUGUUGCUGGCCCAACUAAGAUGACUGCUCAACAGGCAGCCGAAUGGAUUUUACAAUCCAGCGACGAAGAGUCCGACGCAGGGAGCAUGUCAUCGGUUGACUCUGUGGCAUUUUUGGAAGGACUCGAUCCAGCCUUGGAGAUAUCCUCUGAUGCAGACUGGCUCCCUGAACAGGAGGAGGAGGAGGGGGAGGAGGAGGAGAGCCAGGUGGAGAAAGAGGGGCAGAGAGUUGGUGAGGAGGAAGGAGACGAUCAACCAUCAGCCUCUUCGCCGGCUACCACCAGAGCAAGGAAGAGGAAAGCAGCGCAGCCAUCCAGCGCCACACCUGCCACCAAGAGAGGCAGAGGAAGAGGGAGAGGAAGAGGAAGAGGAAGAGGAAGAGGACAGGGAAGGCGACAGGAGCCAGAGGGAAAUGGUCAGCCAUGGCAGGGGAUGGACGUGGAUGACAUCAUACCACCACAACCAUCAUUCAACCCCGCUCGCGCUCCAGGGCCCCAGGUCGUGGGGGGGGUGCAAUACACCAUACUGCAACUCUUCAUGCUCUUCAUGACAAGAAACACCCUACAGACAAUAGUAAAUCACUCUAACAUAUAUGGACAAAGGAACCACCCUCAUAGAUGGCAUCAGAUGUCCCUGGAGGAUCUGCUUUCAUAUAUUGGUAUGGUGAUUUACAUGGGCCUAGUUGGGGCCAAGUCUGUAAGGGACUACUGGGCGAAGAACGAACUUUACAAUUUCCCCUUCCCCACAUCUAUGUUGUCCGGGAGAAGAUUUGCAGCUGUCUCCAGCAUGCUGCAUAUUAGCCACCCAGACAGUGAUGCAGAGAAUGACAGGAGGAGGGGAACACAGGCCUACGAUCGUCUGUGCAAGAUUCGCCCUCUCUAUGACGAGAUUAGGACCGCGUGUAAAGCUCACUACCAUCCCCAACAACACAUUGCAGUGGAUGAAAGGAUGGUGAAAUCAAAAGCCCGCUCCAUCCUCCGCCAGUAUAUGAAAGACAAGCCCACUAAGUGGGGGUAUAAACUUUUUGUGCUGGCAGAUUCAUCAAACGGAUACACAUGGGACUUUUUUGUAUAUGAGGGGAGAAACAUGGCACUUCAAAAGGGGCUCAGCUAUGAUUCAGUCAUGAAUCUCGUGGACACGCGUGUGCUUGGCCAGGGCUAUAAGCUCUAUGUGGACAACUUCUAUACUAGCCCUACCCUGUUCAAGGACCUCCUGGCCGAGAAGGUAUGGGCUUGUGGAACAAUUAGAGAACAGCGAAUAGGCUACCCGAGAAGACGUCCAGGAGCUCUCACCUCUCAGUCACCACGUGGUACCAUCCGCUGGAUAAGAGAUGAUCCCGUUCUUUUUGUCCAGUGGAAGGACACGAGGGACGUCCGCUUGUGCUCCACAAUGCACACAGCCCACAACCCACAGACCACCGUUCAGAGGAGGGUCAGAGGGACAGAUGGCCGGUGGCAGCUGAAGUCCAUCCCUGCCCCACCAGCUGUCACUGAUUAUAACAAACAUAUGGGGGGAGUGGACCUCUCUGAUGCCAUGAUCGGGUUUUACAACACCGUUCACAAGACCAGGAAGUGGCACAGGACGUUCUUCUAUCACUUUCUGGACAUUGCCAUCGUGAACGCCUUUGUACUUCAUUCCUGUAUGGCAGCAGAGAGGCAUGAGACCCCCCUUACACAGAAGGCGUUCCGGGAGGCCCUGGUGUUGGAGCUGAAGGCAGCGGGGUCACCUUCAACUGGCCCUCCUCCAUCACCUGCUCCAGCUCCCCAAGGUGCACAUCACAAACUGAGGCACUACACGGAAGAUGGCACAGCAGGGAGGCGGAGGUGUGUGAACUGUUCCCUGAAGAGCACCACAGAGUGCACUUCAUGCCAGGUAGUGCUGUGCUUUACGGUGAAGAGGGACUGCUACAAUGAGUGGCAUACAAAGAACAAUUUGUAGGACUCCCCCCUCCC